AUGCCUGUCUCACAAUCACUUGCUUCCUUCCUCGGCUUUAUACCCCUCGGACCCAUUUUCCAGGGGCCACGUCAGCCCGCAGGCUGGCGCGGGUUCUCCGCUUCCGCCUCAGCAGCGGCGUCACUCACCGGCAGUCCCGCUGGAGCUCCUAAUGCUGCUCCCGCGGCUAGCGAAGGGGACGUGCCCCGCGUGAAGCUGCUCAUUGGAGGCAAGCUUGUGGACUCUACCUCCGACCACCAUGUUCCCGUCAUCAACCCGGCGACACAGGAGGUCCUGGCGCAUCUGCCGUUGGCGACGCGCGCGGAGUUCAGUGCAGCAGUGCGUGCAGCUGCGGACGCCUUCCCCGCGUGGCGCGCCACCCCGCUGCCUGUGCGCGCGCGCGUCAUGCUCAAGCUGCAGGAGCUCAUCCGCCGCGAAAUGGACCGGUUGGCUCUGAGUGUGACCACGGAGCAGGGCAAGACUCUAGCGGACGCACGAGGGGAUGUCUUCCGUGGCCUUGAGGUGGUGGAGCAGGCGUGUGCGAUGGGAACGAUGCAGAUGGGAGAGCUACUGGAGAACGUGAGUGCGGGCGUGGACACCUACAGCAUCAGGCAGCCUCUGGGCGUGUGUGCUGGCAUCUGCCCCUUCAACUUCCCCGCCAUGAUUCCCCUCUGGAUGUUUCCAUUUGCAGUGACAGCGGGCAACACGUUCAUCCUGAAGCCAUCGGAGAAGGACCCGGGUGCUGCCAUGAUGCUCGCUGAACUCGCCCUGGAGGCUGGCCUGCCCGCUGGCGUGCUUAAUGUCGUGCAUGGCACGCAUGACGUUGUGAAUUGGAUGUGUGACGAGCCUGAGAUUCGGGCAAUCUCAUUCGUUGGAUCAGACAAGGCAGGACGACACAUCUAUGCACGAGCAGCAUCACAUGGGAAGAGAGUGCAGUGCAACAUGGGAGCCAAGAACCAUGCAGUGGUGUUGCCAGACGCGGACCCACAGGCGGCAGUGAAUGCGCUGGUGGGGGCGGCGUUCGGGGCAGCGGGGCAACGUUGCAUGGCCAUCAGUACAGCCGUGUUUGUUGGGGGCUCGCAGCAGUGGGAGCCACUGCUGGUGGAGGCAGCGACGCGGCUGCGAGUGGCAGUGGGCACGGAUCCUGCAGCAGACCUGGGCCCGGUGAUCUCCAAGGACGCCAAGGCACGCAUUCACUCCCUCGUGGACAGUGGCGUUGCUGAUGGCGCCCGCCUGUUGCUGGACGGCCGCAACGUGCAGGUGCCUGGAUUCGAGAGCGGCAACUUUGUAGGCCCCACCAUUCUCGCAGACGUGAGGGAGGGAAUGGAGUGCUACAGGGAGGAGAUAUUCGGCCCCGUGCUGCUGCUCAUGAGCGCCGACUCGCUUGAUGACGCCAUUGCUCUCGUCAACCGCAACCCCUACGGCAAUGGCACUGCGAUUUUCACGUCAUCUGGCGCCGCUGCCAGGAAGUUUCAGAAUGAGAUUGAUGUCGGGCAGGUGGGCAUCAACCUGCCCAUCCCAGUGCCGCUGCCUUUCUUCUCCUUCACCGGCUCGCGGGCCAGCUUUGCCGGGGACCUCAAUUUCUAUGGCAAGGCGGGCGUGCAGUUUUACACGUACACCAAGACUGUUACCGCGGCGUGGAAACAGCCGAGUGGGGCCGAGUCUAAAGUGGCCAUGGCUUUCCCAACAUCGCAGAAAGUUUAG